GCAUUUUGUUGUUAUCUGUAACACAUUUUCUCUGGAAAACACAGUUUAACGCUGUUCUUUACCAGAAUAAAAGUGUUCAACUCAAAGUAAAGUUUAUUUUUGGGAGAAGAAGCUUUUAUGUUCUGUUCACUAAUAACUGCACUGAGCUCUGUGUUGGAGUAUCUUUAGACAUUGAUCUUUAGCUCUAAAGUACACCUUUAGAGUUCUGCCCAAUCAAAUCCUUCCUCAUGUAGCCCCUCCCACUCUGCUGCUCCCUCAUUUCAGAGAAAACGAAACUGAUCUCAGAGAGCUGCUCUGCCUCAGACUGUGAGAGGAGGAGGAAGAUGGCCGAGGCCAGUAUUUCAGUAGUUCAGGACCAGUUCAGCUGUCCAGUCUGUCUGGAUCUGCUGAAGGAUCCAGUGACGACUCCCUGUGGACACAGUUACUGUAUGGUGUGUAUUAAUGGCUGCUGGGAUCAGGAGGAUCAGAGGGGGGUCUACAGCUGCCCCCAGUGCAGAGAGACCUUCACUCCAAGGCCUGUUCUACGCAGAAACAACAUGCUGGCUGAAGUGGUGGAGAAACUGAAGAAGACAGAACUCCAAGCUGGUUCUCCUGCUCUCUGUUAUGCUGGACCUGGAGAUGUGGAGUGUGAUUCCUGCACUGGGAGAAAACACAAAGCCAUCAAGUCGUGUUUGGUGUGUCUGGCUUCUUACUGUGAAGCUCAUCUUAAACCUCACUAUCAGUCUCCUGCCUUUAAGAAGCACAAGCUGGUCGAAGCCUCCAAACAGCUACAAGAGAAGAUCUGCCUUCAACAUGAUAAACUGAUUGAGAUCUACUGUCGUACUGACCAACAGAUGGUCUGUUAUUUGUGUACGAUGGAUGAACACAAAGGCCAUGAUACAGUAGCAGCUUCAGCAGAAAGAAAAGAGAAACAGAAUGAGCUGAAGGAGGAGCAGAGGAAAUCCAAGCAGAGACUCCAGGAGAAAGAGAAGAAGCUGCAGGAGGUGAAACAGGCUGUGGUCACUCUUAAGAGCUCUGCACAGGCAGCAGUGGAGGACAGUGAGAGGAUCUUUACUGAGCUGAUCCGCUCCAUUGAGAAAAAGCGCUCUGAGGUAACAGAGCUGAUCAGAGCUCAGGAGGAGGCUCAACUGAGUGGAGCUGAAGAACUCCUGGAGCAACUGGAGCAGGAGAUUGCUGAUCUAAAGAGGAGAGACACUGAGCUGGAGCACCUUUCACACACAGAGGAUCACAUCCAGUUCCUCCAGAGCUUCCAGUCUCUCUGUGUCUCUUCUGGAUCUGAGGACUCCUCCAGCAUCACUGUCCAUCAACAUCUCUCAUUUGAUGGAGUGAGGAAAUCUCUCUCUGAUCUGAAGGAGAGACUAGAGGAAUUCUGCAAGAAGGAAUUCAGGAAAAUCUCUCCACAUGUUUCAGCAGUUCAGAUGAUUUCACCCUCAGAGCCACAAACCAGAGAAGAUUUUCUACAGUAUUUCCGUCGUCUGACUCUGGAUCCCAACACAGCACAUCAGUACCUCAGACUGUCUCAGAAGAACAGAGUGGUGAUCAAUGGGAUAGACCAGCGUUACUCUGAUCAUCCAGAGAGAUUUGACUGCUGGCCUCAGGUGUUGAGUAAGGAGAGUGUGAGUGGACGCUGUUACUGGGAGGUUCAGUGGAGAAGUGCUGGAUAUGAUCUGUACAUCUCAGUCUCAUAUAAAGGGGUCAGCAGGAAAGGACAAGGUAAUAAGAGCAAGUUUGGACACAACCGUCAGUCCUGGAGUCUGCAGUGUUCUCCCUCUCUCUCUUUCUAUCACAACAACAUUCAGACUGAGAUCUCAGCCUCAUCCUCCUCCAGAAUAGGAGUGUAUGUGGAUCACAGUGCAGGAACUCUGUCCUUCUACAGCGUCUCUGACACACUGACCCUCCUACACACAGUCCACACCACAUUCACUCAGCCGCUCUAUGCUGGAUUCUAUGUUGAUGGUUGGUUUGGGGAUAGUGAUGGAACUGUGAGGUUGUGUGAUCCAAAAUGAUGUGUAUGUUCAGACCCCAUUCCCUCAGCUUCCUGGGUGGGUGUGGUUGUGUCAGCUGUUUGAGUCUUAAAGAAACUAAGAUAAUGAGUCUAAAGUCUUUUCAGUAACAGAGCUGAAUGAAAAUGUCUGUGUGCAGUGAUAAACUGUGCUUUGGAGAAAAGUA